AGGAGAGUUUGAAGUAUUACGUUUGAAAUAUUAUCCAAAUAACCCUGUCGAUAUCUAAACAUGACUAUUGAUAUUCAUUGCUUGGCAGAUGUCUGCUUGAUUCCUAUUGGAACUGGAACUGCAUCUGUAUCUGACGAAGUGGCAGCCAUUACCGAGCUUGCCAGAUCCUCGCUGCUUGACACCACUUUGCACAGUGCAGGAACCACCAUUGCUGGACCAUGGACAGAAGUCAUGGACUUGAUUGGACAAAUGCAUGUGUUGGUACAUUCUCGUGGGGUUGUAAGAGUGCAAAGUGAUAUCAGGGUUGGUACCAGAACCGACAAACAUCAAGCUCCAGCCGACAAGAUUAGAGUGGUUGAAGAGAAAUUGUCAUCUAAAAGGGAAUAAUGUCUCCAUAUAGUAUUAAAAAUAAACAAAAGUACAAAGAGGGGGGUCGUUGUAGUAGAAGUAGAAUAAGUUAAUUGUGGGGGUGGAUACAUAUAUAUAUAUA